GGGACAAGGUGAAGACAACAGAACAGCGGACAGAGUUUUUUGGGGGAAAGCAGUUUGUGUGGAGAUCCAGACGAGGACAGUCGAAGCGCGCCGGGUGCUGCUCCGUCGUGCGUCCUGGACACGAUUCUUGAGCUGCGUCCUGCCCUUUGAUUGCCGGUGCUGGUGAGACUAGAAGGUGUAAUUCCCUACAGAGGGAACACUGAAGGAACACCAUGGCCUUAGCGGGAUGUCCUGACUACUUCUUACGUCACUCAAACUACCAGGAAAGCAUGGACCGCACUUCCACUCGCGAGGAACUGAUUGUCCCAGGCUUUCAGCGCCCGGCCAGUCAAAAUUUGCCACAUCACCAUGAUGACGAUGUGGACCUCGAGCAGCUGGUCAAUGACAUGAACUCCUCCAUGGAGAGUGUGUACUCUACACAGGCAGACACGGCGCUGCUCCUUAACAACGGCCACGGUCAUGCUCCACACCACCACCAUCACCACCACCACAUGCACCCUGCCUACCCGGGACACGGCCAGGCCUACCGUCGUCACACUCCGCCCUCUUCCUCCCCCUCCAGGGAGAGACUGCGGCACUCUCAGCCCAUGCACAUCCAGGCCGUCAGGUGCCUGCAGGAAGAGCAUCAUCUGCGUCCAGCCUCCCUACCGGCCAUCCCCAACCCUUUCCCAGAGCUCUGCAGCCCAGCUGGCUCCCCAGUUCUCAGCCCCAUACAGACCUCCGACAACCACAUUGUGAAGGUGUGGAGUGAGGAUGGGGCCGGUAAAGUGGUGGAGAUCCCAGCGGACAUGACGGCCAGAGACGUCUGCCAGCUCCUGGUCUACAAGAGCCACUGUUUAGAUGACAACGCCUGGACGCUGGUGGAGCACCACCCCAUCCUUGGUCUUGAGAGAUGUCUGGAGGACCACGAGCUGGUGGUUCAGGUUCAAGCCUCCAUGAGCAGCGACAGUAAAUUCCUCUUCAGGAAGAACUAUGCCAAAUAUGAAUUCUUCAGGAAUCCCCUGAACUUUUUUCCAGAGCAGAUGGUGGCUUGGUGUCAGGAGUCUGAUGGCUCAAUCCCUCAGUCACAGCUCUUACAGAACUUUUUGAACUCCAGCAGCUGUCCAGAGAUCCAGGGCUAUUUGUACUUGAAGGAGCCUGGACGCAAGUCCUGGAAGAAGCUCUACAUGUUCCUGCGACGCUCCGGGCUCUACUACUCGACUAAAGGAACAUCCAAGGAGCCUCGGCACCUUCAGCUGCUGUCAGAUCUGGAGGACAGUAACAUCUUCACCAUCAUCACAGGCAGAAAACUCCACAACGCUCCCACAGACUACCAGUUCUGCAUCAAGCCCAGUAAAGUGAGAAGUGACUGUAAGGAGCUAAAGAUGCUGUGUGCCGAGGACGAACAGAGCAGGACCUGCUGGAUGACCGCCUUCAGACUGCUCAAAUAUGGGAUUGUACUGUAUCAGAGCUACAACGUUCCCCAGCAGAGGAAGUCUAACCUCUCGCCUUUCUCAGCGCCUGUGCGGAGUGUAUCCGAGAACUCCCUGGUCGCCAUGGACUUCUCCGGACGGACCGGUCGCGUGAUCGACAACCCCGCCGAGGCCCAGAGCGCUGCCCUGGAGGAGGGACAGACCUGGAGGAAGCGGAGCCAGCGUAUGAAUGUCCUGGGGAGUCCCAGCACCCUGCACCCAUCCUCUCUGAGCACAGUGAUCCACAGGACACAGGUAUGGUUUCAUGGUCGCAUCAUGAGAGAGGAAGCCCACAAAAUGAUCAUACAACAAGGCCAAGUAGACGGAUUAUUCCUGUUGCGGGACAGUCAGAGUAAUCCCAAGGCAUUCGUGCUCACCUUGUGCCACCACCAGAAGAUCAAGCACUUCCAGAUCCUACCGUGCGAGGAGGACGGUCAGGUGUUCUUCAGCCUCGACGACGGCGCCACCAAGUUCACCGACCUGAUCCACCUGGUGGAGUUUUACCAGCUCAACAGAGGAGUGCUGCCCUGCAAGCUCAAACACCCCUGCACCGCCGUGGCCUUGUGACACUCCACACCCCCGACACCUCCACCCCCCUUUUUUGCACACCUCUCACCCUGAGAUCCCAACCCCAUCUGCCCCUCCCUCACCAACGCAAUGAGGUCGAGGAGAUAGAGAAAAGUUAAGUCAAGUUUCGGGGAUGUGAACAACUCAGCAGGAGCCGGCGUUGGUGGAGGUUUAGCUUUCCCCGUGUUAAGCUCGUGUGUUUUUCUGCCUUACUGCUGUUUGGAUGUUUGAAACCGUUCGGACAGUUCAAGCGUUGCAGAUUGUGGGCCCAGCAGUCCCCCGGCUCCUGCGAUGUUGUCAUGGAGACUCUGUUGUUUUGUCAUUGCCGUUAUGACCCUGGAGAGAGACCAUAUGUUGUGAAAACACGAGACGGCUAAGGUCUGUCCCACAUGGAUGCCUCCCUCAGAGUCCCUCACCCUUCAGCCCCCUUCACCCCAGACCUCCCUCAUCCUCCAGGCCUGAUAAGCUGUGGCGCCCGCCCCACCCUCGCCCUUUCACUGCCGAGGUGGGCGGGGAGCGCCACCCUCUAACUUUCUCAUCGAUCAUCAGGGAUGGACGGGAACCUCUCUGGGUCUUAUCAAACUCGAUCCAGGAGUUUUCUCAACCUGUGCAGUCCAGUCUGGAUAAGCUGACACCCUGCCCCCUUCCCCUCGAUUCCCAACCACCACCACCACCACCUGAGCGGACUUGACGUGGCCUCUCUGCUGUGUCCUGUCCCACAAUCCCCCUGGUCCAACCCCCGAUCCUGCAUCUCCACAUCUCCACAAAAAAAAAAAAGCUCAGAGAAAAGUUGGGAGAGAAAAGAGAAGUAGCUAAAGGCAAGAGAAGCAGAGCAGUGGCGAGGGUUUUGCUGAAAGGACAGAGGAAUGUUUAUCAGGAAGGCUGUAACAAGCCUCUCUUGUAGAGUUGAUUACUUGAUGUCAUUUUAAUGCUGUUUUAUUACUGUUGAUUCAAUGCAGAACUAGUUUUGCACUCCCGGGCGGACAGACGACAGCUGUUCUCUAGCUAAAUGAAGCUGCCUGCUCUCCGUUCGUACUCCUCCUCCACCCUCUGAAAGCAUGCAUGUGAAUUUCCACCAGUUCUGAUUGGAUUACAGUGGCGUGGGAGCAAAGAGAGUCACGGCUGAUUAUGCAGUGCCUUUCAGACAGGUUUGGGAACAUCUUGGACCUCUGUGUGGCUUGAAGCAACUUAAAAAAACGAAUGUUGGAGCAUCUCAAGACCACGAGGAAGAGGAGGAAGACUGUUAAAUAAGACUCCUGAAAAGUGUGUCCAACCCCGAGCUUCUACCAUUUCAGUUUUUUUUUUUUUAAAGGGUUAAAUCUGUUGGUGAAUUUGUCUUUGAAUGUCAUUUUCUUUCCCUAAGUCUUUUCUGAGCUCACUGCUUGCACAUUUUUAAUUAUCUUGAUUUGAUAUCGAUGGGUUGGAGCUGUCAACGUUCGGAUUCUGACCACUGUUCACUGUUCUCUCACGCCAGAAAAAGACAAAUCAACAAAAAGCACUCCCGUUUUUUUCUUUCCAUUGUUUUAAUAUGGAAUUGAGCAAAUGACUUGAAAUGUGAACUCAGUCGACGGCGCGUCAAUAUACAGUCGAAUGAGAGUCACUCGCCUUAAGUGAAAAUUGUGAGCCUUGUGUAUGAUAUCUAAAAUCUAAGCUAUAUUAAAAUGCACAUACAGAUUUGAAGAGGGUGGAAUAACAUCAAGAGUGUGAAAGAUUGUGUUUAACAUUUUUGGAAAUGCAAGUAAAGCGUGAAGAUCAAUACCACUGUCACGUCUGUGCGCUAAAUAUGAAGCUAGUUAGUUUAGCUUAGCAUAAAGACUGGAAACAGGGUUGGUUUUUUACCCCACAGACCACGAGUGGAAGGAGUUUAGAUAUGUGUGAUCUGGCAUCUCCUCUCUGAUUGUGUCAAACAAACUAAAGACAUGACAGUGUCAACGAUCAUCUCAUUGAUUUCCCAAAAUGUCAAACAAUGACAACAAGUAAAAAUCCACUUGAACACGCUUCAGGAAAAACGAGUACUCAUGAUGCAACCUCGCAUUGCUGUACCUAUUUUCCUGUCGGGUGCUGUAUUUAUUUUUAUUUCUGCAGAUAUAUGGGAGUUUGCUAGCAUCAGUGGUCAACAUCAGGUUGUGGUCAGUCCCGUCACAAUCAUACAAAGAGAAAAGUUUGGAGGAAACCAUUUCCACACCAGCAGUAGCCUCGGUAGACCAGAAUGCCUUGCAGCCAUCAGGUGUGUGAUCAGUCAGCGUUCAUGAAUCAUUUUAGAGCUGAAAUAACUGGUUUAAUCAACAGAAAAUGAAUUGAUAGAUGUUUGGAUAGUCACAAUUUUUUGACUCCAGCUUCUCAGAAGUGCUUUUUCUUGUCUUACAUCACACUAGACUGAGUAUCUUCAGGUUUUAUACCAAAAAAAAGCUAUUUGAAGAUGCCACCUAUGUUUUUGACUUCUUUUUUUCGACCAAACGAUUCACGGAUUAAUCAAGAAAAUCGACAAAUGUAUAAUAAUUUGGGUUGCUUGCUGAAUUUCUCCGGGUAUAGGCCAAUAUUUCUUUGAAAACAACAUAUUUCUGAUGUUGUUGAAAAGCAUUCUGGGAGAUGAAGUGAAAAGGAGACAGGGCAGGUAUACUAGGAAGAGUUUGUUGACCAAAAAAAAGUAGACUGUGACACCUAAUCACAAAAACUAACCUAUGUGUGAUUUGAUGUCCAGCGGUGGCGCCCCCCAGUGGUAGCAUUGAAAGACAAUUAUAUUUACAUUCACAACCAACCAAAAGACAAUUUGUAGGAAUAUACAGCAGGGAAGCACAUUAGAAAAGACUUCUCCAACUGUCGUGUGACCCGUGAAUGAAGAGCUAAACGUGACAUAACACCCUGUUUAGCGUCGUCCUACAUCCCUCCCACCCUCACCUCCACCUCCACCUCCAAACAAGGGUUAGCACGAGGCCAUCGAACUCUCUGCCGGGCUAACUAAACUCUUCUCCAAGUACUGUUAUUGACUCGCAAGCCACUGCCACACCAUUCGACAGAUGACUUGACUGGCUCACCAGCUCUGUGCUCCACCAAUCAGGCCUUUUCUAGUCAGCCAGGGCAGACUCGCUCUCUCUCUCUCUCUUUCUCUCUCCAGGGAUUGGAUAAUGCUUGAACCCCCCGCCCCCCUUUUCCCCACCUGUGUCCAGCCUGUAAGCUAUGACCCCGUGGCGAAUGUGUGUGUGUGGAUGUGUGUGUAUGUGGAUGGCCAGACUGUUAUAUUCACUAUUCAGGAUUGAUAAAAGUCUGCUGGUUAUCAUAACUUGCCUUUUUUUUUUUUUUUUUUUU